ACUUCGGGCGAUAUUCUGUAACAACUCAUUUCAUGUUUUGACGUUCAUUGGUAGUGUCAUUUUAUGAACUGUAAUUGGUAGGUUCGGAAACGAGAUAUGAAUAGGUGUGCACCACGAAUGAUAUUGUUGUCUUUUUUGCUUAUUGAAUUCUCAGAAGUUCUUUCGGAAAGAGAACAUAAGGUACAUAACAUAGUGCUGUAUCCAGAAAAACACUCGUGGUGUCAAAUAACACCAAUACAACAAGUAAUAGCCUGCCCUGGGUAUGAAUCUGUUACUAUAGACAAUAACGUGUGUGUAGGAGCUUGCUUCAGCUACUCUAUACCAAAAACGCAACCUGCCGAACCCGGAGAGCUAAUAGGUCCCUAUUGUGACAGCUGCCAACCUUCCGGCAUCGAGUGUUAUCACGUAAAUCUAAGAGGAGACGCCAACAACAUUGAAGAACCAAAAAUUAUUCAAAAGCGGGUGCAGAUAAUAACUAAUUGUUCUUGUCAGAACUGUAAUAAAGUCAGGACCGAAGACUGCCAAAUUACUGAUGAUGGCACUGUAGAAUUACCACAUAAACUUUUAACACACGACAAAAAUUCUACAAGGUAUAUAAACGAUGAUCUGCCUGAUAUUUUAGAGACGAACAGUUCCCCUGCCCAUCACCAUGAUUCAGAUGACGUUUUGCAUAAGGAGAAACACAAGAAAUGGAUCAAAAAUCACCACGACGAAAUAGAAAGUAUGUACCGACUAUUUCUGGAGAAUAAUAAAGAUACCAACAGUGAAAUUGACGAGGGCUCUGAAAAUUACGAUUAUACCAACUCAGAAAUGGAAAAUUUUAUCCAGAAACAUAAAUCGAUCGACUCUGAAGAACAUCCCAAUGACAUAGGGUUACUGGAAAAUGUUUUGUAUUUGGAACAAAAUCAAGAGAAUAAUGCCAAAAUCCAGGCUGAUCUGAAGAAAGUUCCCGAUAAUUUUGGAAUUGAAGGAGUUCCAAGCGGAUUAAGAGGAAACCACAUUGCCAUAGGCUCCAAACAAAAUGCUGCUACUGCGACCAACACGGUUUCGGAGGGAAAAGUGGAGUCUGCUGAUAUUUUGGAUCACCCCAACGAUAUUCCUGUGUCGGUUGUUAACGUUGAAGAAAGGAUCCAUCAUGGUGAGAAGGGGAGUCAUCAUUCGCAUCAUCGGCAGAACCAAGGGCAUAACCACCAUUUAGGGGAAACGGAAUAUGUUGGCCUAAACGUUGUACAUUUGAUCAAAGGGCCGCAUGGUAGUAUGGUUGCAGCUCCGGUCGAAACAAAAUUGGAAAUUGAUUCGGACGCUCUUAAACCGAAUAGUGAAGGGGUUGUGAUUGAUUACGGAAGUCCACAUGACCAGCCAUCUGCUAACAGAGCGGCGGAUUUAUUCAAAUAGUUGGAAUUUGCCAGUUAUAUUAAGAAUUCGAAGUUUUUUGGUAGUCUGCAUUAUUUUUUCUUCUCACAAAAUUUUAAACAAUCAUUAUGUUACUCAUUUGAAGUGAAUACAAAUUUUAUCAAGAAUUAAUUAUUGUACAGAUUAGCAUUCAAAGAACUUCGAAGAAUCUAGUCUCGAAAUUUCUUUAUUCAUAUUGAUAAGUAUAGGUAGGUUAUAUGUAAAUUGUCCAUAAGAAAUGAUCGACUGUGAUGUUGAUUAUUUCAAAAAAAUGCUUGGUGAGUACACAACAAGUUCACGCCAAAUGGAAACAUUCCUAGUGCCAAUUUCUUUACACAUUCUAAGGAGACAAAUUAUAUCGGAAAACAAAACUUAUUUUACAGAGAUGAAUGACGUUUUAAUGAAAAUUGAAGUGAUGAUUUGCUAUUUGUUUACUGACUCUAUUCUCAGAAAUAUUGUUUUAAACCCCUCAACCUAAUUAUUGAGUUGUAAGUUAAUAUUGGUGGUGACUACAUUUUAUUCACGGAAAAUAUACAAGAGGGUCAUAAAAAGUACAUCUUCAAGUUCUGAAAUCUAUAUGGAAUUAAUUCUUUGGGAAAGUUAUAUAACGUCAUAUCUCAAAAGGGAAGAAUAUUUCCAAUAUUUUCGAGGGUCUCUUGUGACCUGUCAUUUUAAUAUAGUUUGCAAACCACAAGCACAAACCACUAUUUGAUAUGAUUUUUAGAAUCGUCUUCGUUGCUAUUUUUCCUACUUUUUUUCGAAACCAAAAGCACAUCAAACGAUUUUAUUUUGUCAAUUUCCACACCUUUCAACAGGGGAAUUUUAGGUCUACUCCUAUUUGAACUAUCAACAUUUUUUCAGUGAUUAUUACUGGAUUUUCAUUCCAACACCAAACCGUUACUUUUAACACCUCGACA